AUGCCAUCUCACCAAGAAGACAAGUUGUUCUACAUUCGAGCCCCUAGCCUCGACCACCUCCGCAAUGGUCCCAUCAAAAUCGGCAACAUCAUCACCGAUAUAUUUCUUCCUCAAGACCCCAUUGCGCACUUCGAGCCUCUUGCGAAUAUCAUCGAUGGUGCAAGCUUGAGCGAAGGCACACGGGAGCGGGGCGAUCAUGGCUCUGUAGGGCUGAACGUAUCUGCCAAGCUCUAUGCAGCGUUUGGCAGUCAAGCGAAAGGGAAGCGCAGCGCGGAUACUAGAACGGUGUAUGACUUCGACAACGUUGACACUUUGAUGCUGGAGAGAAAUCCACGGGCUGCGGAAAUGACUGCGCUACGCGACGAAGAUCCUGAAGUACACGAUGCACUCAAGAGAGCACCUGUUUACGUAAUCACUGGCCUGAAAAUUGCAAGAGGUCUGAAAUAUUCUACCAUACACUCCAAAGAAAGCGAGGUUGGUCUGGGCGCACAAGGCAACGUAACUAAAGAGGUUGCGGUUCGAGCCAACUUGGACAAAAACGCCGGUACAGAUGGCACCGGGUCGUAUACUGUGCUGGGUGAUGUCAUUAUAGCCUAUCGGCUGCAUAUCUUCAAGAAAGAGGGUUGGAGAUGGAGAGGCGAAGCCGCGUUGGAGACCAGGACAUAUUGGCCCGGCAAUGCAGGAUUCUUGAGCAGAGAAGAUGCCAAACCGGAAGUUGAGGUGGAGACUGAAUCGCUGUCGGCGCAAGAUCUGAAGUACUUUGUUGAAGACGAAGGAUAUGGUGAGAUCGAAAACAUUGAUGUGAAAGACGCUGAGGAAGAGUGGUCGAUGAUGUGUGUCGAGGAUUAG